AUGCCGCGGGUGGUGCCCGACCAGAGGAGCAAGUUUGAGAAUGAGGAAUUCUUCCGGAAACUGAGCCGGGAGUGUGAGAUCAAAUACACAGGAUUUCGAGACCGACCGCACGAGGAACGGCAGGCACGUUUUCAGAAUGCCUGCAGGGAUGGCCGUUCUGAAAUAGCAUUUGUGGCCACGGGAACCAAUCUUUCUCUGCAGUUUUUUCCAGCCAGUUGGCAAGGAGAGCCACGCCAAGCACCCACACGAGAUUAUGUGGACUUUGAGAGGGAGUCUGGCAAGGUAUAUUUAAAGGCUCCAAUGAUCCUGAAUGGUGUUUGUGUCAUGUGGAAGGGAUGGAUUGAUCUCCAAAGGUUGGAUGGCAUGGGAUGUCUGGAAUUCGAUGAAGACCGAGCGCAGCACGAAGAUGCUCUGGCACAGCAAGCAUUUGAGGAAGCUCGCAGGAGAACCCGAGAAUUUGAGGACAGAGAUCGCUCUCACCGGGAGGAAAUGGAGGUGAGAGUUUUACGACCACGCUGCCCUUAA